AUGACUUGUCAAUUUUCUGUUUUCUUGUUUUCAUUACUUCUUUCCCAUUACCCACUUUUUCACGUUCCAAUGUCUAUCAUUAUUUCGCCAUUUUUCUCUCUGUCUCUUUUUCUUUCUUUCUUUCUUUCUUUCUUUCUUUCUUUCUUCCUCAAUUUCCAAUGUCUCAAUCUCCUUCUUCUCUCUCUCUCUCUCUCUCUCUUUCCAUGUAAUUUCUUUAUUCAACUCUCUUCUCUGCGUCUUUUUCUUUUGUCUCGACCUCCUGAUUUCCUUUCAUUCUCUUCUUCUUCUCCCCUUCCUCUCACUCUCUUUCAUCUUGAUUCUCUCUUUUUUUUCCUACUUUCACCUUCCUCUCUCACACUUUUACUCAUUGACUCUCUUUCUUUUUCCCUCCUACUGUCUCCUUUUUAUCGGUCUUCUUUUCACUUCAUGCUCUUUCUUUCUCUUCCCUUACUCCCUCCCCGUUCCUUUCAUACUGACUCUCUUUCUUUCUCUUCUCUCCCUUCUACUUACUACUUUCUCUCGCUCUUCUCUCCUAUUGAUUCCUUUUCUUUCAUUUCCCUUGCUCCUUGCUUAUCACUCAGUAAUAGGUAG